CUCGCUGAGCUACUGUGGCUGGCUCACUCGUUCACCUGCGCAACAGGUGCGGUUAUUGGAUGUCAUGCUGCAUUCGCGAACAACGGGGAAUCACAGAAAAGGACCGGCAUUCUGUAAAGAUGUGCUUCUACAUUUAACUUCCUGAUGAAAGUAUGGUUUACAAAAAUACAUAAAAUGUAUUGUAAGAUGAGUUCAAGUUUUAUGUGGAUGUAAAUCGACAAGACGCGCACGUUUCGUGAUACUCUGUAUUGGUUCGGCACUUUUCCGUGGAGGAACGCCUCACAGACCCCGCCUCUGCACUCUGUUCUCACUUUGCAUUUCGAGCGAAUCCGUCCUAACGGUCAAGUAGAACUCUCGGGACAACAGGCCCUCGGUAAACCGUAGAGGUCUUUUUUUUUUUUUUUUUUUUAAAUGUUUAAUUUUUUUUUUAAAGAAGGAAAAACUUUAUAUACUCCCUAAAAAGAAGAAGAAGAAGAAAUCGGUACAGGUGGAUUUUGCAUCUGGCAGUAUGUCUCCGUCCACAUCCCCCCGUUUUUUCACGGACAGGGAAGUGAGCCGUCACUGUACCAAGGAUUCCUGCUGGGUGCUGUUGGGGUCCCGGGUAUAUGACGUGACCGCCUUUUUACGGAUGCACCCCGGCGGGGAAGCGCUCAUACUUCGCCGCUCGGGCAAAGACGUCAGUCGGGAGAUGGAGGGACCCCCGCAUCGCCACUCGGAGAACGCCCGACGGUGGAUGGAGCAAUACUACAUCGGGGAGUUGGACCGAGACAGUGACACCGACAGAAACCAGGUUCAGAACCUGAGGGAGAGGAGGAACACCAGUCAACAGAAAGAAGAAAAAACAGCUGUAGCAACAGAAAAAGGCGAUGACCAGCACGCUCCAUACAAUCUCUGCAGCUAUGUGGAUCUUGAAAAUGAUUUGGUUGACUGGAGGAAACCACUCGCGUGGCAGGUUGGCCACUUGGGAGAGAAAUAUGACGCCUGGGUUCAUCAGCCAGUCGACAGACCCAUCAGACUGUUUGGAAAUCCUUUCCUUGAGGCUAGCACCAAGACUUCCUGGUACUGGGUGCCAGUGGUGUGGCUUCCUCUUGUGUGUUAUCUUAGUUGGUCUUGCUACACUACCCUGGCAAAGGGCACUACGAGAAUAGCCAUCACCUCAGAUUUCUCUUUCAUGGUCCAUAAGUACACUUUCCCGCUGUUCUUCAUGAUGGGCUGGUUCUUGUGGUCUUUCAUCGAGUACUGCAUCCAUCGCUUUGUCUUUCACAUGAAACCACCAGCUCAUAACUACUACCUCAUCACGAUACACUUUCUUCUGCAUGGACAGCAUCACAAGUCUCCAUUUGAUGGUUCCCGACUGGUCUUUCCACCCGGGUUGGCCUCCUUCGUGGUUGGAACGUUCUACACAGUCCUCAAUAACCUGUUGCCGGAAAUUGUCGGCAUGUCCACGUUUGUCGGCGGACUGUGUGGCUAUGUCGUGUACGAUAUGAUCCACUACUACCUUCACUACGGGUCACCAAAGAAAGGCACGUACAUGUACAGCUUGAAGGCCUACCACGUCAAACACCACUUUGAGCACCAGAGAGCAGGUUUUGGAAUCAGCACAGCAUUCUGGGACCACCCCUUUGACACAGUCAUCCCUGAUGAGAAAUUUGAGUCCUAAACGUCUCCCCUAGAGGGCCAAAGUACUGAUCAAGCACACCCUCUUGUUGAACUUUAAAUCAACCAACCGGUCACCCAGUUCAGCCAAGAUAGAGGAUACAGCUUUGCCUUUCCAGCUAAUCCAUCUUCACUGUCGAUAUUUCAGCUUGUCUUCUCAUUCCUGUCAGCGCCACAUUCCUUGUUUGUAUUGGUGUCGGUGUGUGUUUGUCCUCGCUGAUGCAAGGCAUCUCUUUGCCAUUUCCAAACUAAAUCACCUGCCAUUUCUGCUUUUCUAACCACAAUGACCUCCCCCUGUUAGAAUGGCAAGAGGUACAGUUGAAACGAUCUAUGAUUUUACAGUGCAAUGGUACAAGGUGCAUAAUCAUAAAUAAACACAGGGGCCUACAGCAAAGUAAAACAAAAACAUCGUGCCCUCAUUUUUAUUCUCAUUUUCAAUACACAUGGUUCUGUAAAAGUUAAUAUAUGCUUUGUAUCCCUGAGAGUGGGAAGAAGCAAGGAAGUGAAAGAAAGUGUGUGAAUGUGGAAUAUAGGUAGGAAAGAGCAGCAUAGAGGGAAACAAAGUAUGUGUAACUUGGGAUGUUCUCCCAAUUUGUAGUUACUGGUAGUAGAUUUGUCCACAAUUAAGAUUAUUCUCUUGAGUAUAAAGUGUAUUCACAAGUCUGGUUCUAUCUGUUGGAAAUGUCACUGGAAAUGCACUGUAUUUUUCUAAGUCUGUUAAUUUCCCCCCAUUUCCGUUCUUUUGUCAGUAAUAAUACUACAACGAUGUAUAAAAAAAUGUAUGUUUUGUAAGAUGCUUUGUACAGCAGAUGUUUGAAUAGGUCCAGUUUUACAUCAUCCUAUGGAGAACAGCAGGUUUCCACAAGUUUAGAAAACUGGAUGAUGUCAAGAUACAUUACGAGGGCCAGAGUGACGUGAAGGAAUGAGGUCAGCUUGUCAGUCUUCCUGCUGUUGGGACUUUGGGGUCAAAACUGUCUGUUUUCAUCUUUUUUUACGUGUUGAAUUUGGUUAUUUGAGAACAAACUGCAUUGAGCGACUGCUUGCAAUGACUCCACAACUCCCAGGAGGAUGACGAUGGAGCGAACAUCUGACUGGGCAGCAGGAAGUCUUGAUGGCUGGCGGAGCCUCAAACGUCUCCUCUGGGCGCCACUGAAAAUCAAUGCAGAACAAACAAUUGACACGUGAUAUAUUUUGACUAAAGAGAAAUAUACUUCAAAGAAAUCUAAUAGUUUGCAGAAUGAUUUAUUUUGUGUAACAUAUGCAUACAAUAGAAAACAACCUGCACAUAACUUUCAUGCUACUUUUAAAGAUGAAAAUAUCAAAUUGUGGACUAAGAGCUUUUGUACUCAAACCUAUUCUAGUGCAGCAAUAACUGUAAUGAGGCAGUCGUCUCACUCAAACACAAUCGAUCUUACCUGUGUUUUCAGGAUUGCACACUUAUUUAGCACCAUAUUUUCUUCAUAUGUAUCGGUAUUGUACUAGAAAUGUUAUUUGUGAAUUCAUUAAUUGCCAAUGCACAAAGAAAGCCUUGAUAUUAAUUUCAACCACGAAGAUGUAAUGGUCUGUCAACCAUUUAGAGUCUAAAUUUUAGACCAUGAUGAUGAUGAUGAUGAUGAUGAUGUGUAGAGAUGGAGGUUGUGCACAGAUGCAUGUUGGAAUAAAGUAUACUCAAGUCUAUGUAUAUUUAAUCAACUUGAAAACAGCAGCUGGUACACUUGAUUCUAGCAAUGGAUAGUGUGGUUAACAUUUAUGAAAUUAUCCUAAAUAUUUCCUUAAUUCAUUGAAC